UCCACCCUCGGCUCCACCCUCGGCUCCACCCUCGGCUCCACCCUGGGCACUAAGAAAAACAAAAUCACCACAACCAGCGUGCCGCUUUUCAGCCUCUUCCAGGACCAGGUGGACAUGGGCAAACUGGACGCAAUGGACAAAGAGAUCAAGUCCGAGAUGCGGGAUAAGAUGGCCACCUACGAGAAGAAGAAGAUCCUGGAGGACAACAAGCGCAGCACCCUCUACAAGAAGAAGAAACCGAAGGAGGAUGAAGACGAGGAGGAGGAGAGGAAGAGGAAAGAGGAGGAGUUUCUUGAGGAGGCGAAGAAAAAGGAAAAACCGGCAAGGACCUUCGGACUCUCUGGGUGCCUGAAUCUCAACCCGGCGCUGGAGAAAGACAAGAACACCAGUGUUGACGACUGGCUGAUGAGCGUCCGGCCUCCUCCCAGGAAACCGCC